CGCCAUUGUUAUCUUAGAUAAGUGUGCAAAAUGGCGUAGUUGUAGUAGUUGUGUGAAUGUUAUAGUUUUUUUAAUUAUCUUUUUACGUAGUUAAUUUAAUUCUACGUAACAUGAAAGUAGAAAUAUUGGCUAGUUUGUCGAUAUUAUUUUCAAUAGCAGCCGUUUGCUUUUUAGCUUUCAUAGGGUGGUACAUCGUGUGGACUUUCGUCUUGAGUCAAUUCCGUUUCAUUCGCGAACUGUUCAAAAGUGGCAGCGAAAAUUCAACUGUGACAGAACUCAAAACAGCCCGAAAUAAAACAAGGAGAAUCCGUCGAGAAUAAGCCCCAAAAAUGAACAUCCGCUGUGCGAAACCCGAAGACCUCAUGAACAUGCAACAUUGCAACCUGCUUUGCCUGCCUGAAAACUACCAAAUGAAGUAUUAUUUUUACCAUGGACUCAGUUGGCCCCAACUCAGUUAUGUCGCAGAAGACGAGAAAGGCAACAUUGUGGGGUAUGUCCUCGCCAAGAUGGAGGAGGACAACGAGGACCUGAAACACGGUCAUAUUACCUCCCUAGCAGUGAAGAGGUCGCAUCGGAGGCUGGGUUUAGCACAGAAACUUAUGGAUCAAGCCUCUGAAGCAAUGGUUGAGUGUUUCGAUGCCAAAUAUGUGUCGUUGCAUGUUAGGAAGAGCAACCGAGCAGCUUUAAAUCUCUACAAGAACUCGCUUAAGUUUGAGACUGUUGAAAUUGAACCCAAAUAUUAUGCAGAUGGGGAGGAUGCCUACUCCAUGAGGAGGGACCUUUCCGAGUUUGCGAGAAAAAUGAAAACGAGAAUUGACGAGAAAAAUGAAGAAUAAUCUUUUUUAUUUGCUUUUGUAUAUUGCAACAUUGAAUAAAUACAGUUGCCAAUUG